UAAAGUGUUCUGAUGAACAUUUACGAGUGACCCUGCACCACAGUAAAUGGUACAGGCCUCACAAUUCUCUGGAUGCCACACAAAAGGAGUGUCUUCAUGUCCCCCUCCCAGGAAUGGAUGUCUGCAUGUGCUGUGCAUGCUUCUGUGCACUGUUUUCACAUGUUAACACCCCCUGUGCUAUUUAGGGGCGUUCGCAUUUCCUGCAGCAUUAUCCAGCAGCAUUAUCCAGCAGAAAUCAAAAGAGCAGAAGAAACACAAAAGAUAAACACAACCAACUAAAUGUAAAAUACAUUUCUGACACGUGAAGCCUUUCACCCCUUUUCCUUGGACCUGGUUGGUACAUGCUGAUAUUCGGCUUUGGAUUUGGUUUAAACUGAAGUAACAGGUUUCUUGGACAAGUCCAGGAGUGGUGGGAAUUUCGAAACAAGUACCCAACCCUGCAAAGCUACAGCUUUAUAAAGUGUGCUGUGUGUGGAGGAGAUACAGCAGAGUAUUGCUGAUUUCGGAGACUACAGUAUGAAGAUGUACGGGAAUAAGGUUGACCUGAUGUUUGCAGGUAUUUUCUUCAUGACAUUUUGUGGUGCUUACUUUGGGCAGCGGGUGGUAGAAACACAGAGAGGCCCUCUUUUCCGUGCAGAAGGCUCUCAUGUUACUCUGUCAUGUAAAGUGAGAGGCUACGAAGGCACUCCAAAACAGAACUUCCAUUGGUCCAUUUACCGGCCUGCUUCCCCCAGCGUGGAGAUCCAUAUUGUGAGCACAGCCGAUCCUCACUUCACAUACGCUCUCUAUCGGAACAGAGUGAGAAUGCAGGACAUUUACAUCGAAAGAACCAGCACAGACUCGGUGCUCUUGCACAUAACCAAACUACAAGUGCAUGACCAAGGAGAGUACGAGUGCUACACUCCCAAUACAGAUUCUGUCUACUAUGGAGCCUACAGUGACAAGACAAUUCUCACAGUCAUUCCAGAUACACUUCAGGCCCGAUUCUCAGCUCUAUCAAUUCGGAGAGCUGCAGGAGAGUCCCUCAGUCUGUCCUGUGACGUGUCGAAGCGAACCUCCCAGCACACGCACCUGUCCAUCUCCUGGUUCCUGCAGAUAGGAGGGGAGACCCUGGAGCUCGUCACUCUCACAAGAGAAUUCAUCCUGCAGGCUGGAACGGCUUUUCACCACAGACUUGAAUCUGGGCACCUGCGCCUGGACAGAAGUGGUUUGACAACAUACCUGCUGACCAUCUUCCAGCUGCAGCAUUCAGACCAGGGCGAGAUUUACUGUGAGGCAACUGAGUGGAUUCAGGAUCCUGAUAAGUCCUGGUAUCCCCUGCUAAUAAAACGGACAGAAAGCACAAAGGUCACUGUGGAGCAGAGACCGCUAGCGGCAGAUGUCCAAGAGUCAGAGUACACCACUGAUUCAUCAGUACCCAAAAAAACAUUCCAGCCCCUGCAUGCACAUGGUAUUGUUCUUCAAGUUAACAGUCUUUGUUCAGAUGUUGUAUCUGUAACAAGAUCUUGGGCCUACUAUAUCUUGGUCAUCCUGUUUUUUGUGAUCUAAUACAAGCAGAAACCUGAGGAAGACUACUGGCAAAAACAACUGUGUGCAGUACAUGGAUUUAAAUAGGACAUUCAGUGGGUUUGUUGUCACAGGAUGUGUCCAAGUUUCUAGAUACUACAUUAAUGUUAAUGGAGUACUGUAGUUAUUCCACCCUCACGAGUGGAGAGUGGAAUAAACACAGACCUCUGAACUUUCAUGGAGUAUUUUUUUCUUUUUCUAGUACAAUGUUUAAAAAAGCAUUACUUACAGUCUUUAAUUAAUUUUAAAAAAUCAUGAGAAACAAACACCUUGAGAGUGCUUCAGAGAACUUGAAAUAUAUGACUUCGUUGUUUGGUUCUAGUUUUGUAACAUUAACAGACAUUUGACCUCUUUAAAAAAAAAAAGACUUACUUAAAGACUGGAGUAAACUUUGAAAAAUAUGGCCUAGUAUGUUUAAACGUAAAUAAACAGUUGAAUUCAAGAUCUGCAUCUGCUUAGCAUGGCAGUGUGUUUUGGAAUAGUGUGAUUCUGUUGUUAAUUUUGAAUGACAAAUGAGACCCGGUGAAAAGCAUUGAAUACAGUAAGCGUCGAAUACUAAAAAAGUUAUUCAAUGUUAAACCCCCAAAUUUCACAUUAAAAAAUCAUGGAACCAUGGGAUAGCAAAGCUACUAUUUUGUGUUUAUGUGCUUACAUUUUUAACUCUGUUUCCUGUUAUCCUGUGGUUAUAGUUUUUGUUUAACGUAUGUCCAUCUGGACUUGUGUUGUGAGAGGUAAAUAUUUGCACAGAAUACAUAAGCAAGCCUUGUGUUUCGACAAUGUGUUACUAAACCACUAGCGGUUUUCUUUUUGUCAUGUGCAUGAUACGCUUGGCAUUCCCCAAGCUGUUGACAAAAUAGUAUGGCCCUGAUGUGUUUGUACUCAUU